AUUAAACAGAGGUUCGUUGUCAUUGAGGGCCAUCACGUAUUCUCUUCCUUAAACUUCCACGACCCUCCCCCGAAAAAAAAAAAUUUGCACUUGGGUGGUUCUGGUUUCUGCGUUGCAUCGUUGCGUUGAUUUUCAGGUGGAAGAGCUUCCAAAUUUCACCGGAACAUUAUGAGCAAUUUGAUAACCCUGUGUAGGCCUCACACACUGUUCUUCUCUUCUUUCAUUACUUGCAGACACCAGUUUCAAACCAGGGCUUCUUCUUUUCGGAACCCUAAUUGCAAUUCCCGUUUUCCCUCUUUCUCGUUAUACUCUUCCUGGCUCAUCGAUUCCUGGGGUUCGAGCAGGACUGGACUAUGGUUUCGCGUUAAUCAGAGGAGAACUCUGGCCAAGGCUUCAAAUUGGGACGAACAACAAUCCCCGUAUGAAACCCUUGAAUUGGACAGAGAUGCUGAUGAAGAACAGAUAAAGAGCGCUUAUCGACGAUUGGCUAAAUUCUAUCAUCCAGAUGUCUAUGAUGGUAGAGGAUCCCUUGAGGAAGGCGAAACAGCAGAAGCUAGGUUCAUUAAGAUCCAAGCUGCUUAUGAAUUGCUUAUAGACGAUGAGAAGCGAAGACGGUAUGAUAUGGAUAACCGAGUCAACCCUAUGAAGGCGUCUGAGGCAUGGAUGGAGUGGCUAAUGAAAAAGCGAAAAGCUUUUGAUCAACGUGGUGAUAUGGCAGUUGCUGCUUGGGCUGAGCAGCAACAGCGAGAGUUGAAUCUACGUUUCCGUCAACUUUCUCGUUCAAAGAUGGAUCCUGAUGAGGCAAGGAAGAUUCUAGCUAGAGAGAAGGCAGCUGCUGCUAAGAAUUUCUCCAAUACCCUUAAAAGGCACACACUUGUUCUCAAGAAAAGAGAUUUGAUGAGAAGAAAGGCAGAGCAAGAUCAAGAUAAACUUAUCAGCCAGCUCUUGGCGGCAGAAGGUCUUGAAUCAGAUAGUGAUGAAUGAAAAUGGGACAUAAUUCCCACUUAUCAAUAGCUAAUAUUUUAUUCAAUACCAUAAUGUUUCCUCCCCAAAUCUAAUUCAUUUUUAAUUAUAUUAUUAUACGGAAUAUAGGUGUACAUAUAUGCAUUUUGUAACUUAUAUAUAGUAUAAAGAUGAAUGAGAUUUUUCUUUCCCAA